GCAGAUAAUUACAGUUUAAUUAUUAUUAAUUUAGGAUGAUUUGUGUUUGAUUGUUGGUUAGCGUUUGAUCUGCGGUGUGUAUAAGUUUAAUAGCUGAACGAUGGAGUCUCCUCACGUGGACGACGAUAUCUGCAUUCUGAAACACGAGACGGCGUUCGUGGCCGAGAGCCCGGUCUCGGUGUGUUCGGGGGACGAGUCGGUGGCGUCUCAUUUCGCUCUGGUCACCGCCUACGAGGACAUCAAGAAACGCCUGAGAGACACGGAGAGAGAGAACACCCUGCUGAGGAAACGUGUUAAACAGCUGGAGGAUAAGUUAUUCAGACCUGAAGCUCCGCCCUCUGAGGGCCCACAGUACAUGAACAAAGCGUUCAGUGCGUAUCGAGGAAUCUACAUGGAGAAGAAAGAUCUCCAGGCUGAGCUCAACAAACUGAAGAAGGAACGUGCAGAAUCUGAACGUAUUCUCACUGAACAGCUUCAGGCCAAAGAACUGGAGCUCCUGCAGCUCAGAUCAGAGAUGGAGACGAGCCAAGUGAUUAAGAGUCUGAAUGAAACGCAGGAUUACUGGCAGGUGAACGGCGGUGGCGGCGGCGGCGGCAGUGAUGCACAGAUACACACGUUACAACAGGAAGUGGAGAAACUGCGACUGGAAAACAGACACCUGAACACACUGUGUAACCUCCAACAGGACGUCUCUCAGAGUCCAGGGAGGAAGAGUGAGAUCCAGCAGGUGGCGCUACACUCCAGUGCGGCAGGGCUGCAGGUGAUGAGGGUGUUUGAGGAGAUGAGCGGUGAAAUGAUCCGAAUACACGAACUGAUCAGAACUCAGUCUGAGGUGAUGAAGAGACUCCGAGAGAAACCAGCACUGAGGAGAGCUGCUUCAACACUUCCUGUUCAGUGUUUGGACGACAUGGAGAGAAAUCAUUCGCCGGUCAGGGUCCCGAUUCCCCGGCCCCCGAGCGCCCCGCCCACCGGACCCCCCGCCGAGAACUGGAAGGAGACGUGGCCCCUGACCCGGCCGUCCCCGCUGGGCAGCCCCGCCGUCCCGCCUCCUCACGCCGUAUCUUCUUCCAGCGACGAUUCGUGGACGCCCCUCUCCCACCCCCCACACGACCACACCCUGUUCUGGGAGGGUCCCUAAUCCAGCGGGGCCACCGAUUGGUCCAGGCCGAACCGAUGGGCAGCCGACUCGUCCGAUCACAUCCUGCCUUAAGACCGACGCCCAGGCUGAGAUACCUCACAGCGCUCGAACCCGGGCAUGUACAUACACUUCCACUGACCCCGCGCUGGUCUCCAUGGUUACGGUGGUGUUGCAAACCUGAUUGACGCCCCCUUAUUCGCGCCCGCCGGGUUACAUCCUGACGACGAUGUGAAAUGGAAACGUGAACGCUGGGGUCCGGCGUACGCUCCGAGACUCUCUGUACCACUCCAUCACUGACUGGUCUGAUCCAAUCUGGGACACUUAAAAAGAGGGGUCAGGAUUUAACAAAACUAUGGGGGGGGGGGUGUAGAGGACUGGAGGGGGUCUCAAGUCCACCAUUGACAUGAUGCUGUAUUAAAUAAGGUGGUAAAGACGACCUUAACUCCAAUUCUAGCUCCUCACUUCAGUGUGAACGGUUUAUCUUUAUGAACCACCAGAGGGCGCUAGGGUGGUGCAGUGUUAUGUUAAAAGAUCCGGGUUCAAAGCUCUGCUAUGCUGUCAGCCGGCCAGGCGUCUACACAGACAUGAUUGGCUGUGUCUGAGGGUGGGCGGGUGGCUUGUCACAGUGUAAAUGGAUAAAGGAUAAAGUGAUGGUGAAAAUGAAGAGACCCCCCCCCCAGUGACCCCUACCCCCCCACACACACACACGCGCACACACACCCCCCCCACCAAUUAUAGAGCAACCAGUCAGUUUCCAUCUCACAUGGUUUUUGAUGUACCCAGUCUGCUAAAGUCACACCUAAAGUUCACAGAGAUAGCUAAUCAUUAACGGCUACGUCGUUGGCUAGCAUGUUAGCUUUCUACUGUUCGUGUAUAAAAUAAAUUAGAGUUAUUAUUAAUAUAAUUAUUAUUUAUGGUGAUUUUGUUCCUGAGCUCAGAAUUCUGGUGUUUAAAUAGAAUCUGGUUGUUGGUUCUGAUUUUUACUGUCAGCGUCAAACAAAGUUUCAUUUACAAUCUUUAUUUUAAUUAUUUUAUAAAAAUGUGAUAAUAUUAGGGACAGGAGCUUUAAUGCUGCGUUCACAAACACCUUCAUGGUUUGUCAGUAAUGAUGUAGGAACCAGGACACCUGGGUGGCAUCCGGAGUCUCGACAGUGGCACUUAAUGACACAAUGUGUGAGAGUAGCGUGGCCCUCCGUACGUGCUGAGACUCUCCGUGUGAAUCCGCCCCUAAUGUUGUGCAACCAGCAGAGGGCAGCAGAGUGCCCAGGGGAACUGAGUACAUUUAAACCCAGACAAAAUAAUAAAGAACUAAAUGAACUGAAGGAGGAAGAAAGACGUAUCAGAAAUCUGCUGAGAGUCUCCUGGAGGAAGAUGAGCACCACUGAGCGAGAGGACGAGACGGCCAGAACAGAGAGCAGCUCCUGAAGCACAUCAGCUCCUGCAGGUUCUGUUACUCUGGGCGUGUGAUGUGGCGUCCACAUGAGAACAUUGGAGAUGAUUUUACGGUACGACAGGACGUGUGGUAGACGAGGAAGACCUAAAAUAAUCUGGACUGAUGACAUCACAACAUGGAUUGCAUUAUCAGGAUGAACCCGUCUGUGCAGGCAACCAUCACAAAGCCAUGUGCCAACCAAUCAGCACCUCAGUUUCAUUUAUAGAGGGAACCAACACCAGUCCAGACACAGUUUGUAUUAAUGGUUAAACCGAUUGCCGAUGCCACGUCAUUACUAGAGCGAUACAGACAGGGUAGGAAUGCGCUUUUCCAACCAAUCAGAUUGCAGGAUCGAGUAAUUAUGACGAGGGAAUUUCUGCAGAUCUCCGGCCGCGUCCCAAUCCACAUAACCCACCCUAAUGAAACACGACGGGUUGGUACAGCGCCGCUUCUAAUCAGGUUUAUUUAGUAGUUCGUGAUUUGAGACGUGAGAUCCUAAAAACCUGAACCAGGAACCUGAGCACGUGUUCUGAUGGACCACAGAGACGUUCCACGUGAGCGCAGGACGAGUUCCACCGGGUUCUGGUGUAGCUCCUGUUCCACAGCAGGGUCACGUGGUGGAAAAAGGUGUGGGGUUCCGGUCCUGAAGCUCCUCAGUUCCUAAUCCUAACCCUAUCAGGACCAUCUUGAGCAGAGGGGUGUGGUCCGACCCUCAGGAGACCCAGUUCCACCCCUGAGGAGGUGAUGAUGAUGAGGCUGCAGGAUUUAGAGUCGCUGUGAGAUAAAGUUCAGAUUUUUGUGUGUUCAUGUUUGGAACAGACGUGUAUUAAUGUGGUAAAUGCCAGUAGGUGUGUUUGUGUGUGUGUGAGAUCCACUAUAUGACCAAUAGUAUUGGGACACCCCUUCUAAUUAUUAAAAGUCAUGUUUUUCAGCCACAACAGUCACUAACAGGUGAAAUCAAUCAAUCAUAUAAAGGAAAUGAUCCAUGAUGCUUCUGACUGUGCAGCAACAGUUUAGGGAAGGUCCUUUCCUGUUCCAGCAUGAGCGGGCUCUAUAAAGACGUGAAAACUCCAGUGUCCCACUCAACAGCCCUGGGAUGAACUGGAACAUCAACUAAUCGAUCAGCGCCCACCAUACUGACUGAAUGGCACAAAUUCCCACACACAGACACACUCCCAAGUGUUGUGAGAAGCUGAACUGAUCACACAGUCACACAGAGUCACUCUGAUUUAAUACCGUUAGUUUUUGAAGCAGGAGUUUAGAUGAGCUCAUGAUCAGGCGUCCGAAUACUUUUGGCUGUACAGUGUAUGUGAGUAGAAUUGUGAGUCAGUAGGAUCUCUGUGUCUGUGUAGAAUUAUAGAAAUGAAGUUGAUGGAUGAUUGAAGUUGUUUUUGCUGCUUUUUUAGCUCUCGUCCUCCUGACUGUAAAUAUUAUCAUUAUUAUUAAACUUUAUUCCUUUA